ACCGUAGCGUCCCCACCGCCAACGAGGCGAGCUUUUGGCCGGCAAGUCACCAUCCGAGGAAGAUGACGCGUACGCCACACGAACACGAUCCGCCCGUCGCCGACGCCGAUGUCGUCGUCCGGCCCGCCUGCCGGCGACGGCCGUGAUGACGCGUCGGGUCCGGGACCAGCCGGCGCCGCAGCCGCCGCCGACGGCAGCGUGCCGGUGUCGAGGUCGAUCGUGGAGCGGUGGAAGAUGGAGCCCGCGGCGGCGCGGGCGCGGCUGCUGCUGCGGGCGGUCGCGUGGCUCUUCUCCCUCCUCGCCCUCGUCGUCAUGGCGUCCAACAAGCACGGCCACGGCGGCGCCCAGGACUUCGACAACUACCCGGAAUACACCUACUGCCUCGGCAUCUCGAUCAUCGCCGUGCUGUACACCACGGCGCAGGUCACGCGCGACGUUCACCGGCUCAGCUGGGGACGGGACGUCAUCGCGGGGAGGAAGGCGGCGGCCGUCGUUGACUUCGCCGGAGAUCAGGUCGUCGCUUACCUGUUGAUGUCGGCGUUGUCGGCGGCGGCGCCGGUGACGGACUACAUGCGUCAGGCCGCCGACAACCUGUUCACCGACUCCGCGGCGGCGGCCAUCAGCAUGGCGUUCCUCGCCUUCUUGGCCGCCGGCCUUUCCGCUCUCGUCUCCGGUUACAACCUUGCCAUGGAAGUUCUUGUAUAGCUUCUGCGUAUAUCUCCAUAGCCAUUCCCUGUGUCACAUCACAUUGCAGCACUGUACCAUGUUCCUUGAUUCAUUUCAAACCUAGUUUGUGAAACACGGUUCUGAAUUCGUCUGAAUACACCCAGUUUUUGAAUCAGUUAACAAACGGGUGUAUGACUGUAUCCUGUAAGGCCCCCUUUGAUUCAAAGGAAAUUCAUAUUUUAGAGGAUUUUAUUCCUA